CUGACCCGGAAUGAGCGGUUCUGGCCCGGAAUGAGCGGUUCUGACCCGUUUCUCAUGCUGUUUGUUCCACCAGUGAACUGCGCUGAGUUCCUGUCGAAAGACGAGAGCCAGAUCCCCGUGGAUGAGGUCUUCUUCUACCGCUUCUUUAAGAAACGGCAGCAGGAGAAUAAGAACCGGCGCCCACGGGCCGACGGCGACAACGAGAGCGUGGAAGACGUCGAUGACGACGAGUUUGAGAAGGUUCUGGAUUCCUGUGAAGGAGACUCGUUUUUCAUCGACAUGCCGGAUGAUGACGACCUGGACUUCGCAGGGUGAGUUCUCCAGACGGAACCAGUCGUUCGGGUUUCAGUCAGCAAACGGGUUCUGAUCCAGUUCAGG